CGUUUGAGCCCUCCGAGUCUCCGUACUAAAGAAAACCUGCCUCACUCUGCUUUUAUUCCCUCAUCCUUCUCUUCACGCCAAAACACAGAGCAGACAGAUGAAUAUACACGGCAAAAUAUUGAGUCUGACCACUGGACUGCACGCUUUUGUGUAGGACUUUAAACAACAUGGGUAUUUGUGAUAUUCCUGCAGUAUGGCAUCAUCAUUUCAUCACUGUGCAUUUGUCUCCGAAGCACGAAUCGGUCGCUGCUAUGGGCAGAAAGAAAUAACGGGAUCUGGCCACCGACUUCAUCUUUUCAUGUGGAUAUUAUGCGCGUUUUGAACAAAGUGUUUGUUUUUACGAAGUUAACACAUUUAUGGCUGAACUGACAGUUCGUUCUAAAUAGACAGUCAGCCUGAAUACAACAAAGAUGCAUCCCUUAUAGAGGAGGGUCUUGGCUUGCAAAGGAUCAAGGUGAUAUCGGUAAAGUGCAGUCCAGAGGAGAGGCGCCGUUGACCGGAUGCGUGUAGCGGAGCGUGCCGCGUGGCUUUGACCAUGAGCCGGCUGAUGUUGGGCCGAACCCUGGAGCGGAUCUGCAAGGCUGUGCUGUUGCUCUGUCUGGUCCACUUCCUCAUAAUGAUGAUCCUCUACUUUGAUGUCUACAGCCAGCGUUUCGACAUCUUCAGCCGCUUCAACAACGGCCGCGGAGCUAACGGCUCAAGAGGACCCCACCACUACUAUUAUAAUUUCUCCAGGUCCAACACCACCUUUGCGAACUACGUGGCUACAGCAGACCAUCUUCUGCCCAGUGCCAAACCAGAGGCAAAGCAGCCACCGCCCACCCCUAAGCCAUUACCACCAUGUCCAGAGAUACCACAUGGUUUAGUGGGGCGUCUUCUCAUCGAAUUCAGCACCCCGAUAACCCUGGAGCGGGUACAGAGAGAAAACCCUAAUGUGACAGAAGGGGGCAAAUACACACCUUCAGACUGCCGGCCCAAACAGAAAGUGGCCAUCAUCAUCCCAUUCAGACACAGAGACAACCACCUGAAGUACUGGCUUCACUACGUGCAUCCAAUCCUGCGCCGACAAAAGAUCGACUACGGCAUCUUCAUCAUUAACCAGCUUGGGGAGGACACCUUUAACCGGGCCAAGCUUCUUAAUGUUGGAUACACAGAGGCCGUGAAGGACGCAGAAUACGACUGCUUUAUUUUCAGUGACGUGGACCUGAUUCCCAUGGACGACCGGAACCUCUACCACUGUUACGACCAGCCCCGCCAUUUCGCUAUUGCCAUGGACAAAUUUGGCUUUAGGCUGCCCUAUGCUGGCUACUUUGGAGGGGUGUCCGGCCUUAGCAAAAAACAAUUCCUUAAAAUCAACGGCUUCCCAAAUGAAUACUGGGGCUGGGGAGGUGAAGAUGAUGAUAUUUACAACAGAAUCACACUAAAUGGGAUGAAAGUGUCUCGGCCUGAUGUGAGAAUCGGACGCUACAGAAUGAUCAAGCACGAGAGAGACAAACACAAUGAACCGAACCCCCAGAGAUUCACUAAAAUCCAGAACACCAAGAACACGAUGAGGAAAGAUGGGAUCAGCUCGCUGAUGUACAGGGUGGUGUCCGUGAAGAAAUACCCACUUUAUACCAACAUAUCUGUGGAGAUCGGCAAGCCCCCUCCAAGACCAAUGAAAGGACAGAGAGCCAACGGGUUUUAACCAGUUCAGCAGCACACAAACAAACCCACAAACUCAACUUCCUAUGAAUACAGCACUGGUAUGCUGAACAGGUUAGUUCUCAGGAAUACAUUGGGCCUUGGAAGCUUGAUGCGGAUUCGUCAUCUGGGUGCACGCUGCCUGGAAAGAAACAUCAUCAUCGUACUCCGAUGGCUGUUUUAUUUCAGACCAUAAGGAUACAAGCUCAAAGCUGUGGAAGGCUUUAAUGGAAAGAUUGUUCGGUUCUGGAUUUGGUAAUAUGUGAAGGUUCACCAACAAUGAAGAGCCUGGUCACUUUAUGUAAAUCGGUCAGAACAUACAGUACAUUUCAAAAGCGAAUGUGUCUUUGUACCUGCAAAUACGGCAGUGUUCAAAUCUUUUCUUUUUAUCUUGGAUCGUGUGAGGUUGACGAAUCGGUGCUUGAAGUUGGAUUAUCUCAUUUUCUUUUUCUUUUUUAUCGUCUCCAGUUGCGGUUCUCUCUUGGGACUUUGAUGUAAGCUGAAUGUUGUGCGCCAAGAACAUACACAGGCAUUUUCAUGAAGGAAGCCCUAGUUGAGAUGUAGGGUGAUGUUUUUUAUGAGAACCCGGGUCUGGACAAAGCCCUACAAGCACAUGACUGCGUCGGUCAACUUGUGUGUGAAUGGAUCGGCGCAGUCGUCGGGUUGCCAUGGAAACGUGCGGAGAAAUAGCAAGAACUUUAGCUGGAAGAUAGAGGAGCAUCUGUACUGAUGAACCUCUUUAACUAUCGCCACCUGCUCAAAGAACUACAGACUAUCAUUUCUUUAUUGUUUACUUAUGUUUGCCUCAAACAUUCAUAUUUAGAUCGGUUGUAUUCCAAAACUUGAAGGAUGCUGUUGUUGAUCACAUACUGUAAUUCUCAAUGUUCAAAUUAGUAUUUAGAUAAGAGGAUAAUCUACAGUACAGAGGUGAGAUUUAAAUGAUGUUCAUACAGUACUCUACUGAGUGAUUUAAAAAGAUGAACUAUCUGAUCUCAGUUGAGAUGCUUUUGAUUUGAAUAUUUUGCAAUUUUUUGUAAAUGAAAAUUCUGUCAUUAUUUUCUCACCCUCGUGACAUCUUAAACCCUUGUGCUUGUAAAAUACAAAAGAAACAUCAGACUCAGUUCAUAGUGACCACAGCAGUCAAGCGCAAAACAGGACAAAGUGCUUCAUUAAAGUAGUUCGCAUAUUUUGUACAGUCUCUUGAAGUUAUACUAGCUUUGUGUGAGGACAGAGCAAAAUAUUUUAACCGGACUGCUUUAAACCUUUGUUCUGGUUCUUGGAGCUUGACCUUAGUGGUUACUUUAAAAAGUCAAUGUAUGCAAAACAGUGAGAAAUAUUUGAGGAGCUCGGAAGCAAAAGCUGCUAAACGCCACCUCCAUCAAAAAUGAGAUAAAGAUAUUUAGCAAAUGCUCUUGCCUUGGCAUGUAUUAUGUAGUUAUCAAUUCGCUUCUACUGUAAUUCACUUAUGCCAUUCAGAAAUACUGCUUUGUUGGCAGAAUCCACUUCGAUUUUUCAGCAAAGUCCUCUAAGUGCACGGGAGGUUACGAAACAACCAUUAAAGCAACAUUCAAACUUGAAAAGUUAAAGUGACAAGCUUGUCAAGUAUGCAACGCAUACUCGAAAUGUGACCUCUGCAUUAAAGGCAUAGUUCACCCAAAAAUGAACAUAAUGUCA